UCUGCUGUUAAUUCCGGUUUUCCCGCUUCCUGCAGCCAUUUUCCGUUCCCUAUAAAUUUAGCAUUUUGGACUCCAUUUCCUCUCCCAGACAGAAGGCCUUGCUUAUGCUGUGUCAGUCUGCUCAAAUUAUUCUCUAGGAUCCCAGCCCAGGUUCUUUUCACAUAUAUGUUUACUUAUGGAUCCUCAAUUUACCAAGUUGCCUGACUCUAAAAAUACAAUCCAGCAGCAAGAUGAGUUCCCUUUUUCCAGUAGCCUUCAGCAAUCUCAAGAUAUUCCUUGCAAGUACUCAGAUGACCCAUUAGCUGCUCUGGAAUUCACGGGUGACCCAUUGAGUACAUCCAGUUGCAACCAUUCAUACUUUUCUCCACCUGUAGAGUUGGACUCACAAGAAGAUCAUCACACUAAUCCUGUUUUCAAGUUCCUCAACCAGAUACUGUUGGAAGAGAACAUCAGUGAGAAGCCCAGUAUGUUCCAUGACCCAAUUGCUCUUGAAGCUACUGAGAAGUACUUCUACGAAGCCCUUGAUAAAAAUCCUCCUUCUCAUGAAUCCCACAUUAGCCAUAAAAGUACACAAAGCUCGGACAGCAUGUAUGACAACUCAAGUGAACCACCUCCGUGGACUGGUGAUCCUAUACAAUCAUCGUUUAUGAUUCCUCCUCCUGAACUUCCUUUCCAUUCCUCUUUUCCGAUUACCUCCUCUGAGAGUUCAAAUGCUUCUUCAAAUAAUUAUGAGAGUAGUACGAAAAUCCAAGUGCACUCUAUGUUAAAUUAUGGUGAGCUUGGAAAUAUAUUUAGUGACACAGAAGCCAAGCUGCAGUUCAAGAGAGGAGUGGAGGAAGCGAGUACAAUCCUCCCAGCUACUAAUCAAUUGGUUAUAGAUUUGGUUAAAGACUCAUUGCCUCUUGAGGAAGACGAGCUUGAGAAAGAGAGAAGCAACAAGCAAUCUGCAGUUUAUGUGGAAGAGGAGUUAACAAAGAUGUUUGAUAAAGUUUUGCUGCUUGAUCCUGACGAAUGUCGCAGGAAUGUGGCUGAAUUUGGUCACGGCCUGCCAUAUGAUGUGCUGAAUGAUGAGGGUAUACCACACAAUGGUGGUAAAAGGCGCACAAAGAAGAAGAAGCAGGGAAAUACAAGUGAAGUUGUAGACCUUAUAACUCUUCUAACCAACUGUUCACAAUCAGUUGCUGCUGAUGAUCGCAAGUCUGCAAAUGAACAACUGACACAGAUCCGAAAGCACUGUUCAGUUAAAGGUGAUGUGAACCAAAGGCUGGCAUAUGUAAUGGCAAAUGGUCUUGAGGCACGUUUGUCUGGCUUGGGGACCCAGCUCUAUACAUCCCAAGUCCCCAAAAAGAUCACAGCUUUUGAGAAGCUGAGUGCAUACAAGGUUUACAUGUCAGCAUGCCCUUUUGAGGAGAUGUCAAUAGGCUUUGGAAAUAAAAUGAUUUUCAUGAUGUCAUUGGAAGCUCAAGUUCUACAUGUCAUAGAUUUUGGCAUUGAGUUUGGUUUCCAAUGGCCUUCUCUUAUCCAACAUCUAGCAAUCCGGCCCGGCGGGCCUCCUAAACUUCGCAUUACUGGAAUCGAGCUUCCUGAACCAGGUUCUCGGCCAGCGGAACUGAUAGAAGAGACUGGCCGCCGUCUGGGAAUAUAUUGUGAGCGAUUCCACGUGCCAUUUGAGUACAAUGCAAUAGCAACUCAGAAUUGGGAGACACUUAAAGUUGAAGACUUGAAGCUCGUUAGAGGUGAAAUGGUUGCUGUGAAGUGCUCAUAUAGGUUACAAAACCUGCUUGAUGUAACAGUAAUGGGUGACAGUCCUCGUGAUGCAGUACUCAAGCUAAUCCGUGAACUGAACCCAAGUGUUUUUGUGCACAGUGUUGUUAGUGGGUCUUAUAGUGCUCCGUUCUUUGUCACCCGGUUCCGAGAAGCUCUCUUCUAUUACUCUGCAGUUUUUGAUAUGUUUGAGAAUACAUUACCCCGUGACGAUGAGGAGAGGUUUCUCUUUGAGCAAGAAAUCUAUGGGCGCGAGUCACUGAAUGUGAUUGCAUGUGAGGGGGAAGAGAGGAUCGUAAGGCCUGAAACUUACAAGAAGUGGCAAGUGAGGACUAUGAGGGCUGGGUUCAAACUUCUUCCAGUGAUGCCAGGGAUAAUGAUCAAAAUCGGAAAAAAGUUGAAAGCAGGGUACCACGAAAACUUUAUGUUGGAGGAAGAUGGUCAUUGGAUGUUGCAGGGGUGGAAGGGGCGGAUUCUAUGUGCAAGUUCAUGCUGGGUACCUAGUUAGCUCUUCCACAUAAACAAGCAAAGCUAGGUGUUAAUAUUGAUCAGCCUUCCGUUGCUUUUUGACCUUGAACCGGCAGGGAUGGCCUGAUCGAUCUGUAUAUGUAAGCACUUAAGUCAUUAUUGAUCUGUUGUUAGUCUCUAACUCUUUGUUUGAGCAAUUAUACAGUCUUCACUCCAUAAUCUUAAUUCUCAAUUCUAGAGUUUGUUUUAUUACAAGAAGACUGCAUUUUUCCCAUGUUUGAUUUUUAUGAAGUUGCAGUGAUGGGAUAAGUA